AUUUAAAAAAAUAAAAUAAAAAUAAAAUUGAAAAUCAAAUAGAAAUUUUGUGAAGAACAUUUGCUAGCUGAGACACAUAUCAUCCCUUUCUCUCUCUAGGGUUUCGAUUUUCCAAUACUUUGUUGCAGCAAAUUCCGCAUUUCUUCAAUCCAAUCAAAAUGGAAAAUGGAGGGGGAAAUUUGGAGGCGCAGAUAGAGCUUUUGCUGAAUGUGGAGAAGCAGAUGAGGCAGGCGGGUGACGUGGCAGGCAUACGAAAGGCCGUGACUGAUAUUUUGCUGCUCUGCUUUGAGGCCGGCGCGUGGAACACACUGAACGAGCAGAUUGUGCUAAUUUCCAAGCGCCGGGGACAGUUGAAGCAGGCUGUACAAGCAAUGGUCCAACAAGCAAUGCUAUAUAUUGACCAGACGCCAGAUGUUGACACUAAAAUAGAGCUUAUAAAGACACUUAACAACAUAUCUGCUGGGAAGAUAUACGUUGAGAUAGAGAGGGCUAGGUUAAUCAAGAAACUCGCAAAGAUCAAGGAAGAGCAAGGGCAGAUAGCCGAAGCUGCGGAUUUGAUGCAAGAAGUUGCGGUGGAGACAUUUGGCGCUAUGGCGAAAACUGAAAAAAUAGCUUUCAUACUUGAGCAAGUUCGUUUAUGUUUAGAUCGCCAGGAUUAUGUGCGUGCACAAAUACUCUCAAGGAAGAUAAGUACUAGGGUUUUUGAAGUUGAUCCUUCAAAAGAAAAGAAGAAGAAAGAAGGUGACAGUAUCGUUGAAGAGGCUCCUGCUGAUAUUCCAUCAUUGUUGGAGUUGAAGCGCAUAUACUACCAAUUGAUGAUUCGGUAUUACUCGCAUAGCAACGAUUACCUCGAAAUAUGCCGAUGUUACAAGUCGAUAUAUGAGAUUCCAUCUAUUAAAGAGGACCCAGCUGAGUGGAUACCGGUACUGAGAAAAAUAUGCUGGUAUUUGGUCCUCUCACCUCAUGAUCCUAUGCAAUCUAGCCUUCUGAACUCAACCUUGGAGGAUAAGAACCUUUCAGAAAUUUCUCAUUUCAGGUCACUGUUGAAACAACUUGUUACUAUGGAGGUGAUUCAAUGGACAGCUUUGUGGAACACAUUCAAAGAUGAAUUUGAGAAUGAGAAGAACAUGCUUGGUGGUUCUUUGGGUGAAAAGGCGGCCGAAGAUCUUAGACUCAGAGUAAUAGAACAUAACAUCCUUGUUGUCUCGAAAUAUUACUCAAGGAUAACAUUACAGAGACUAGCAGAUCUGUUGUGCCUUACUUUCCAGGAAACUGAAAAACAUCUGUCUGAGAUGGUUGUGUCCAAAGCAUUAGUGGCGAAGAUUGAUAGACCGAUAGGUGUAGUAUCUUUCCAGACAGCUAAAGACAGCAACGACAUUCUAAAUUUGUGGUCUACGAAUUUGGAGAAACUGCUUGAUCUCGUUGAGAAGAGUUGCCACCAAAUCCACAAAGAGACCAUGAUUCACAAAGCUGCUCUCAAAGUUUGAAAAAAAAAGAAAGAAAAGGGAAAUUGAUUCUAAUGUCGAGAGGUAGAAUUAUAAUUUCGUUCCCGCUCGUUAGGGCAUUUCGGAGAGGUUUCUUAUGUGUAACUUCAAUUCAUCACUUGGCUUUCCAUUUAUAAUCUCUAUUAAUGAUUUAUUCUUUUCGACGAAUCAAGAAUUUACAUUUGUUGACGAGAAACAUGGAUUAGUGAUACUUGUACUUGUUAAUUGCUCGUAGUUAUCAUUGUGUUUAGAGAACUUUGUGAUGUGGGUGAUGUUUUAUUUUAGAUAUCUGGAGCUUAAGA